AUGUCUGGACCAUCCUCGUCCUCCUUCAUCAAGUCAGGACUGGGCAACUCGUGGAAUGAGCAGAUGUGCCGACGGUUGGCAUGGCUCCGUGAUCUCGGCGUCAUGGGCAGGGUCCAUCUGCAUCCACUCCCCGACGGAUUGCUCGGAUUCCACGGAAUGCCACUCGAAAACUCCGACGAUUGUCUGCCUUCAAACGCAGGCACUGACUUGGUCGUUCUAGCGCUGAGGGAUCCCAGAAACCAUCCUCUGAUGGGCGGACACAUCACCCUCCUCAGUCGCAGAGACUCCCAUACACAUGUGGCCUGGGGGGAGGCUCUGGACCGGCUGAUAGCAUUGUGUGCUGGCGGUGCCACAACGAGAGCCUCCGAUGUCUCAUACGUCUUGUCAACAGCAAAGGAAAGCUACCUCGCUGAUCGCGAGCAGCUCGCCUUUUUUGUUCAGAUGGCGAGUGAGGACUACCGAUACGUUCUGAACCAGGAGGAACCAGUGAGAGCAUGGCUCACCCAAUGCAUGGCUCGCAUGUUUGGAGUGCAGGCCCCUUCACAGCCCGACAUGAAUUGGUGGCCACGCGCGCGGGAGCACGUUGAAUUGGGAGACGAUGAGACAUUUUUUAGCUUGACUGACCUCGCCUGGCGACGAUUGCUUGAGGCUGUCUCCCAUGCUGAGAGUGGCUUUCAUGAAAAGGCAAAGAUGGGGGCCAAAAAGGUCGGGGACUUUGUUGACAAGUUCCUUCGGCAUGAGAAAAAUAAACCGGUCUGGAAGCUGAUGGAUAACACCACAUUUGAGCCUUUCCAUUGA